UAGCUGGAGCUUCUAGUUUCCACCACACAACUAAAUCUAAAAAGCUUGCACAAAUUAAAGUUAUUGUCUAAGCAAAAAAAAUUAAAGAAGAAGGAUGGGAGUAGUUGAAGAAGCUCACAACGUUAAAGUAAUUGGCUCAGGCAAGAAGACUGUCGUACUUGGUCAUGGCUUUGGCACUGAUCAAUCUGUUUGGAAACAUCUUAUCCCUUACUUAGUUGAUGAUUAUCGUGUUGUCCUUUAUGAUAACAUGGGUGCUGGUCCGACUAAUCCAGAUUAUUUCGACUUUGAACGAUACGCUUCUCUUGAAGGUUAUGCCUAUGAUUUACUUGCCAUUUUGGAGGAGCUUCAAAUCGAUUCAUGCAUAUACUUGGGUCAUUCUUUAUCCUCUAUGACUGGUGUUAUUGCUUCCAUAUUUCGUCCUGAUCUCUUCUCCAAACUCAUCUUGCUUUCUGCGUCUCCAAGGUUCAUGAAUGCAGAUGAUUACUAUGGAGGAUUCGAAAAGGAAGACAUAGACCAACUAAGUCAAGCGAUGGAGUCGAACUACAAGUCAUGGAUCGAAGGGUUCGCACCACUAGUAAUUGGCGGGGACAUGGAUUCAGUAGCAGUACAAGAAUUCAGCAGAACCUUAUUCAACAUGAGACCAGACAUAGCACUUAGUGUUUUUCGUACAAUUUUCACGUUUGACCUAAGGCAUUUUCUCUCCCGUGUCACGGUGCCUUGUCACAUUAUUCAGAGCUCAAAAGACUUGGCCGUGCCAGUGGCAGUUUCAGAAUAUAUUCACCAAAAUCUAGGCGGCAAGUCAAUUGUCGAAGUCAUUUCAACUGAAGGUCAUCUCCCACAGUUGAGUGCACCAGAAGCCACUGUUCCGGUGUUGCUAAGGCAUAUUUCUCAUGAUAUCACUACUGAUGCUUAGUACGUCUUAAAUUCAGCAUAUAUAUGUUCAGUUGGAUUCAGUUUUCCUGCUUCUGAUCAUUAAAUGACAUUGUUGUGUGGCGCUCUAUAAAAGGAAAAUACUAUAUAUACGUAGUAUUCUAUAUUUGCCCCAAUAUUGUGAUA